AGAGAAGGAAAAAAAAUAACACAAGACCUGGGCAGUGAGGGGUGUGGAGCUGUCUGGGAAUUUUUUUUUAAAGAUUUACAUUUUUUCUUGCAAGAGUCUAAAGAGGGGGAGGACGGGGGUGGAAAGAGAUAUAUAAGGAGAACAAACACACAAAAAAAAAAAAAAACAAACAAAAAAAAAAAAAUACGACCAAACAUGUUGCCUUCCCAAGAAGCCUCCAAGAUCUACCAUGACAAUUAUAUGCGUAACUCCCGGGCCAUCGGGGUGCUGUGGGCCAUCUUCACCAUCUGCUUCGCCAUCGUCAACGUGGUGGUGUUCAUCCAGCCCUACUGGAUCGGCGACAGCGUCAACACGCCGCAGGCCGGCUACUUCGGCCUCUUCCACUACUGCGUGGGCACCGGGCCGUCGCCCAGCCGGGAGCUCACCUGCGUGGGCAGCUUCUCCGACUUCAGCUCCAUCCCGUCCGGAGCCUUCAAGGCGGCCUCGGUGUUCGUGCUGCUGUCCAUGGUGCUGAUCCUCAGCUGCAUCGCCUGCAUGGCGCUCUUCUUCUUCUGCAACACCUCCACCGUUUACAAGACCUGCGCCUGGAUGCAGCUGCUGUGCGGAGUGUGCCUGGUGCUGGGUUGCAUGAUCUUCCCCGACGGAUGGGACGCGGAGGUGAUCCGGGACAUGUGCGGGGAGCAGACGGGGAAAUACUCCCUGGGCGAUUGCUCUGUACGCUGGGCCUAUAUGCUGGCCAUCAUGGGCAUCCUGGACGCCCUCAUCCUCUCAUUCUUGGCCUUUGUCCUGGGUAACCGGCAGACAGACUUCUAUCUUGAUGAUUUGCAGACAGACAAUAAGGAUUUUGCUGUGUCAAGGAUUGAGGUGCGGGACAGAAGAGAGCCGAGGUAUGGAGUGCAGCGUCUUCACUGAGGGCAACAAUGGCACUGGACAACUUCUCUUCUCUUCUCUCACCCCUCUAUUUCUCUCCCUCUCCUCUAUUCUCCCCCUCUACCCUCUUCUUCUCCUCUCUCCAACGAUCAGGAUAUCACCCAAUCUCAAUGCAGACACCAAGUGUACAGGAUUCUGUAAAAUAAAAAAAACAACAAAACACACUGGGAUAAACUAUAUUUUGAAAAAAGAAAAUACAAGGUUGUACAGUGCAUUUAACACUCAACUUUCUUAAUGAAUACCAUUAUGAUGAAAAAAAAAAGAUUUACUGUAUUUAGAGUCUUGACUUGUGUGAGAAAUUCAACCCUUGAGAUGAAGAACCAUAAUGUCCAUCUAUGAUUUUACGAUGAUUUAUUUAAAAUCUUGCUAUUUAAUGACUUUGAAUUUGCGUGUUGUGUACAUUCAUAGCUUCAGAAGGCAAUUUAUUGAUACUCCUCGUACAGUGAUAGAGUUAAGACUCGCAAUACAGCAGCAAGUACAUCAUUACACCCUUCAAAACUCUUCAACAGGGACUCAUAUGGCUCUUCAUCUAAGGACUUUCAAACGUGAGGAAUUUAAAGGAGUACCCCAUUGCAGCUUUACAGAACCUAACAUCUCUGGGAGAUUCUCUACUGUACAUACUUAACAAUGUAAAUAACAUCACUGCUUACAAAAACAGCCGACAACAAAACCUCAUCAGACUCUAAUGCAUUCGAGUAUAGUAUUUCUACCCUUGGUUUCAGUGUUCCUCGUGCCGGAAGAGCAUCAGAGUAUGUGCAAAUCCAUCGUGUUCAUAUGACUCCUCACUACUGAUUUGGUGGGAUUAGACAGACAGGAAUAACAUGGAUAUCUUAGCUGGAUAUUCCAAGGGAAAGCAGAGGACCAUGAAUCAAAGUGAUUGUGUAUGAUCACAAUUUUUUGACAGAAAAAAGACGCUUCCCCUGCAUCAACAUGGCCUCAAAACAAGCCCCUUAUUCUAGUAUUUCACCCUUCAGUAUACUGUCAAAAUUUAAAUUGCUGAACUGAAUUGCAGCUGUCCAAGUCAGACUUAGAAGUCUUGUUUUUUUGUCCAAGUUCCCUCCUUUGUGAUACUCUUUCUCCAGUGUGCAGUUUACUCCAGCUUAUGGUUCCAGCAUACAGUGAUCAGUUUACUCUACAGAUGUCUUAAGACUGAUGUGAAUAUGGCUAUAUGAGUCGGCCUUCUCUCAGAGGGAAGCCCCAAGUGCUGCAUUGUCUUAAGGUGAUGUCACUUAUAUGCCUCUUUGAAUACGCAACACUGCUUGUAGUAGUAAUAGUAAUCAUUAGUGGGACAAAAUCACAGCAAAUAAUCCCAAAAAGCAACAAAAGCCCCUAAAAAAUACUAAAUCACGUUAAAAUGAUGCCUCUGUAAAAUAACUAUUAGUCAGCAGAAUAUAAUGUGACUUGGUAUUCUACCAUUUAAUCCUUGAUACCAUGUUAGACAUCAGUUCUAAUGUCAU